AUGCCCACACCAUGUCUAGAGCAGUUUCUACACCAUCUUGAGAAAAGUCAUUUGUACUUGUCUAUCGAUAACACUAAACAAGCUAAAAAGGAAUGCCUCGAAUCGAUAAAGAUAUUAAACUCAAUAGCCAAAACAACUCCAUUACCCGAGAUCAAAGUUCUUUCACAAUACACAUUAAACCAUUACGAGUCAUUAGAUAAACCAAGAACAAUUUCCGAUAAACUUGAAUGGAUUUCUUCAAAAUUGACACAGGAAACUUUCUUUCCACCUGUUAUACAGUUUAACGAGAAUUUCACUUCCCACAAUGAAUUGUUUGUCGAUACCAUAUCCCCAAUCCAAGAUAAUGAUAAUAAAAUAUUCGAAAAACUACCGAAUAAAUUAGCCAAAUUCGAAUAUAUUGAAAUUCUGAAUUGGGACAAUGAUAUCACUCACUUGAAAAACUUGUAUCAGGAUAUUUUGCCCAACUGUUCGUUUGUCUCAUCUUUCCUUGCCAUAAUCGAUGCCAAUAUUCCAAUAAUUGACACAAUCACACCACAAAAAUCAUCCCAAAAGUACAAAGUUUCACUACGAUUUAAUGGGGCAUUAAGAAACGUAAUUGUUGAUAGCAAAUUCCCAAUAAUGCCGAAUCUGCGUAAUUUGAUCAUAAAAUCAUAUAGCGAUACAGAACUUUAUUGGCCAGCACUAAUAGAGAAAGCAUAUUUGACGAUAAUGGGGAAUGGUUACAAUUUCUCAGGCUCAAAUAUGGCAAAUGAUGCUUAUGUUUUGUCUGGUUGGUUGCCACAAAUUAUAAAAUUGAGUAAUGGACAAUUACCAAGCAACAUAGAUGACUUGUGGCGUUUGAGAACUCAAGGUAAAGUCACCAUGGGUAUUGGAACUGGAACAUUAAGUAAACAAUUAAGUUCACAAUUGCAUUUGGUGAGUGGCCACGAUUAUGUUAUAGAUAAUAUAAAAGAUGGUGUAAUUACAGUUAAAAAUCCUUGGCUCGACCCUAAGGAUAGAGUUGUGGAAAUCAAGAAUUUUAAUCAUUUCAAGUAUCUCUAUGUCAAUUGGAAACCAGACCAUAAACCUUACCAACACUAUUUUUUAUAUCAAGCAAAACCCAAUACGUACAACCAACCACAAUUUACAAUAAAGUGUAUGGAGGAGACGUGGAUACUCCUUGAACGGCACUUAUCCGAAACACUGCUGCUGCCGCUGCCGCAUUGGAUGGAUAUGAAUGUUUUUGAGACCGAAUAUAAGAUUAUUACCCCUCUGCAAUACAAAAAGUACUUGUCUGUGGAAACAAAUAAUCGUUUACAAUUGAUUAAAUUGAAACCAGGAGUUUUUACUAUUGUGAUUUCUUCAAAUAAACCUUGCAGAUUCACACUAAGUUCAUUUAAUGCUAUGUUCAGCAAACUGAAAUACAAGUAUGACUAUACUGAGACUGUGAAUGGAGAAUGGAACUCAGAUAUCAAUGGUGGGAACUGGGCUAUGUCCACCUACAUAAAUAACCCACAAUACGAUAUCAUUGCCAAGCAAACGACUGAAUUAAUUAUGGGUAUGCAUGGCCAAGGCCAAAUCAAUUUCCAUUUAUUCCAUAGUAGUAGUGAUAGUAUGGGAGAACGAAUACAAAAUUUUGACAAGACAAAAUUGAUCAAUUAUCAAAAUUAUAACGCUUCGUACCAAUCACUGUCAUAUAGGUUAACUCCAGGACACUAUAAAUUAGUUGUUUCAGAAUACUAUAGAAGCAUAGGGACUUAUCAACUAGUUCUUAAUUCCAGUGAGCCAAUCACAAUCACAAAAAUUCCACCAUUCUUGGGGUUGUAUAACAUCUCAAAAUCAUUCAAUUGGGAUAACACUAAUAGAUUCAAACUAAAAUUCGAAACUACAGGUUAUAAUUCAAAAGUAAAGAUAAAGAUCGCUUAUUUCAAUGGAGAGUCAGACUUUGAAUUACAAACAAGUUAUCGACCAGCAAUGAGAGCUUCCUUAUUCAACUCCCAAACUAAACAACCAAUCCAAAUCAAUGAACAAUUUAAUGAUUCCUUAUAUGGGGUGUUUUUACAUGAGAUUUUACCACUGCCAGAAGAGUAUAUUUUACUAAUUGAAAGAUUUGAAAUUGGAUACGGAAGAUGUGUGGUUGAGAUUGGCUGCAAUAAUAAAGUGAUAUUAAAAUAG